AUGGAACCAGUCACAGAGUCGUUGCCUCUAGAGAAUCUUCACACAACAGGACCGGCAGGAGACCAUGCGGCCAGCGUGCAGCAUCUCUUCGUAGCAUGGACAUGCGGCGAGCUAUCGAUCCUCGUUCCAGCCGUUGCAGCUUCGGCUGUUGUUGCAGGUGCAAAGACUGCCUAUGCUCUCAUCCUCGGCGAGAUAUUCCAGACGAUCAGCGACUUUGGAAGCGGUCGUGUGAGUGUCCAUGACACUGUGCGUACCAUUUCAACGUGGUGUCUAGGCCUUGUCGGGCUAGGGGCUGGCAAGGCCCUGAUUUCCUUCUUGAUGAUGGUGAUGUGGAUAACCCACGGCGAGUCUCGUGCACGAAGCGUGCGACUACAGCUUUUCCAGUCGCUUCUGGAAAAGGAAAUGGCGUGGUUCGAUACACGACGCGGCGGCAUGUCGAGUCUGAUGACCGAACAAAACACGCAAGUCCUAGCCUCACUAAUGGGCGUCCUCGUCACCGACUGUGUCGUCUGUGUGGCCUGCCUCGUCGUGGCCCUUGUCAAAUCAUGGAAGCUGACCUUGGGUCUGCUCGCGUCCGUGCCUAUCGCCGUCUUCGUACUCAGCUUCCUUGGCCGCGGCCUCAACCCGGCUGCAGAGAAGCAACGGGAAAUGCUCAACCAGGCUGCCAAGCACGCUACAGCAGCACUGGUAGCCAUCGAUCUGGUCAAGGUGUAUGAUGGCCACGAUACGGUGAUGUGGCAAUACCUCAGCAGCAUCCGACUCGCUGCACAUUUUUACAUAAAGCAGGCCCUGAGUGCAUGCUUCCAAAUGGGCUUCGUCAAACUCUGGAUGGUCAACCUGUUUGUUAUCGGGUUCUGGUUUGGCAUGAUAUUGGUUGGCAAGGGCCAAGCCACUGCUGGCAAUGUCCUGACGGCAUUCUAUGCCGUUCUCAUUGCAUUCCAAUCGAUUGAGGCGCUGGGCACCCAAUGGGUAUCCGUCCUCAAAGGGACUGUAUCAGGAAAGGCCUUGGAAGACAUGAUCUUCUCCGGAUCUCAAUCCGCACUGCUGUUCUCGAAGUCACAACCCAGCAGAGCCCCAGGAGGCAUCGAGCUUUCUAAUGUCAGCUUUGCGUACCCUUCCAAUCCGAACAAGACCGUCUUAAAGGACUGCUCUAUGCUAUUUCCUUCUGGGCAGGUUUCCUUUGUCGUCGGGCGCAGCGGAUCCGGAAAAAGCACCAUCGCCGAUCUUCUUGUGCGGUUUUACCAUCCCACGGCCGGACGCAUUCUUGUUGACAAAAGCCCCAUUGAAGAGCUGGAUGUUCGCUGGCUGCGCGAGAACGUUUCCCUGAUUCAACAAUCCAGCACCGUUUUUAAUGGCACGUUUGGCUGGAACGUGUCUCUGGGCAGUUCCACGCCUGAUUCCAUAAACGAGUCCAGUAUUAAGACGGCCUGCCAGACUGCUCUGCUGCAGUCGACCAUCGCCGGAUUACCACAGGGACUGGACACUGUCGUCGGCCCACGCGGAGUCGCCCUAAGCGGUGGCCAGCGACAGAGGCUGGCUGUGGCCCGGGCAAAGAUCCGUGAUCCUGCCGUCUUAGUAUUAGACGAGACAACAAGCGGGCUCGACCCGAAGAGUGCACAGAUGGUACUAGAAGCAGUGCGCAUCUGGCGGCGAGAGAAGACGACAGUCAUCAUCACACACGACAUCUCGAAUAUCGCAAUGGAAGACUAUGUGUAUGUUAUGGAUUGUGGCAGUCUAGUGCAACAGGGGCCAUAUUUCCAGCUGGCUAAAGAUAGCGGAGGCAUGCUGGAUACUCUUCUGAAUGCGGUAGCCGUGGGCGGAGCUAGAGAUGUCGCUACUGCAUGUCUGAGCCCUGUCGAAAAAAUUGGACAUGAUCAAUUUGGGCAUGGCAACCAAGAAGAUGGUGUUGACGAUCAGCUAGCCGCAGUCGGAGGAAACCAAGCCGAUGAGCCGGCCAUUAUGGCAUGGCCGCUACCACAAACAUGGCGAGGCAGCUCCUUUGGCGCAGGACCGUUUCUGGCAUCUUCAGCUGCACAUGGUAACUUCAUACACCGGCUUUCAUUGCAGUCCGCCCAAGCAAGCCAUGCUGUCAACUGGCCGCUCCCAGCUCCGGAGCCCACCUUGAAAGCCAAAGAGAGCCCGAAAUCUAUCGAAUCGCGAUCUAGCGUCGAUCUGGUUUGUGACCAGGGUCACCAGGCUCAGGCGAAUCGACAGAGCUGGAACGAAUCUGGGCAGCGGCAAAGACAAGCGGUGGCAUUGACCAGAAAACGGGCGCUGAGCUCCACCAGUUGUGACCGUGAAACGAGUCCCCCGAAACCAAAGCCCGCGAUUCCAACGCUUCUGACAGUUCUUCGGACGGUAUGGCCGCUCCUCGGCAAGGCCAACCGUAUCGAGGCCAUUCUGGGCCUUUUGUGUUGCAUAGUCGUGGCCGGCAGCAAUCCGGGAUUCUCGUUUGUGUUCGCACGGAUGCUCGAAUCGUUCUGGUCUCCCAAAGCCAACAAGGAGGCCGUGGGAAGACCGUGGGCGCUCAUUCUCAUCGGACUUUCUAUCGUCGACGGUUCUGCCGUAUUUGGGUCGUUCUACUUGGCCGAGCGGGUAGGCCAGACCUGGGUCAAUGCGCUGCGAAGCGAGGCUCUGACACGGCUGAUGCGGCAGCCCAGGUCGUGGUGGUCCGCUUCCGAUCCAGAGGCAGGACAAGACGGUGAGUCUCCCUCUCCCAGCCGAAUCGUGGAGUGUCUCGACCGAGGCGGAGAGGAGAUGCGCAAGCUCGUGAGCGUGUUUGUGCCGAUCCUGACCAUGGCUGCGGGAAUGGUGAUCACAUCGGUGGGCUGGUCGCUCGCUGUGUCGUGGAGGCUCACGCUCGUAGCCCUGGCCAGUGGGCCGAUCAUUGUGAGUGUCACGCAUCUGGCAUCCCGUGUCAGCAACAAGUGGGAGUCACGGUCGAACUGGGCGGCCGAGACUGUCAGCGGGGUGUUCAGCGAAGUGUUUCCCGAUAUCCGAGUCGUGCGGGCUCUGACACUGGAGACACAUUUCUCUGGAAGACUGGCUGUGACAGUGCAAAAAGCAUUUCGAACGGGCCUGUCGCGUGCUUGGCGCACGGGGAUUUUGUAUGGCCUCAACCAGGCGCUUUCGGACUGGCUGACGGCUCUGGUUUUCUACUAUGGCGUCAGCCUGCUGACAUCUGGCGAUGGCGCCCGGAUAUCGGUGUCCGACGUCGUCCAGGUCGUCAAUCUGCUGCUGUUCAGUAUCGGCUCGGCCGCGUCCCUUUUGAGCAACGUCCCCCAAAUAGCAGCUUCCAAAGCUGUGGCUGCGCAAAUAUUGGAAUAUGCCAGCCUAUCUCUGCACGCAAGCCAUGAGCACUCGCGCAUAGUCCUUGCUCGGCCAAAGAAGUUGUUCCCCGUUCGGAUGGAUGGCCUUGUGUUCCGAUACCCUGGAAAGGAGGCGAGAGCUGUCGGAGACAGUUUCAAUUCCCUGCAGCCAGCCAUUCUGCACGGCAUCAACCUGGAGAUACGUGUCGACGACUUUGUGGCCAUUGUGGGAACCUCAGGCAGUGGGAAGAGCACCAUCCUGUCGCUGCUUCUGCGCCUAUAUGAAAGCGAUAAAGGCAACCAGCUCACAUUUGACGGAAUGCCUGCAGACCAGCUGGAUACCAAGGCGGUUCGUUCGCGCAUGGCCUAUGUGCCCCAGCACCCCUAUCUGUUCCCGGCGUCGGUCCGGGCUAAUAUUACCUAUGGCUUGGAUGAAGCAUCGCCAUUGUGCCAGGCAACUUGUGUGGCCGAUGCUGCACGAGCCGCCAGCAUUGACACAUUUGUGUCAUCCCUCACCCAAGGAUAUGACACAGUUGUGGGCGACGUCGUGGGAGAGGAGACGUCCGGUGAGAAUGCCGGUGGGACUGGCAACGGCCCUUGCAGUUCAACGAAUGGUUCGAUGUCUUCUCUGUCCGGCGGCCAGGCCCAGCGAGUAUGCAUUGCUCGAGCGCUGCUGCGACGGCCACAACUGCUGGUGCUCGACGAGCCGACCAGCUCACUGGACGCGGAGUCGGCGCAGAUCAUCCGGACGGCAUUGCGAGGACUCGCAGACCUUGGAAGCGGAAGAUCCAUUGUGGUCGCUACGCACUCCAAAGCGAUGAUGCGUCUUUGUGACAGGGUGGUGGUAGUGCAGGAUGGUACGGUGGUGACCAGUGGGCCGUACGCGGAGUUGUUGCAGCACGACGAGACGUUUGCGAGGCUGGUGGGUGAAUAUGACGAUUAG